UGAAUCUUAAGCAGUAGAUUAAAGAGACAGACAGACUUUUAGGAAUCUGUGUUGGAUAUAGAAUUCAAUCAGUUAUCGGGAGGUAAUAUUUCAACCGUCAAGAUAUCGUUUCGAAGCAAAUCCAAUCCCAGAGAGUCGUCCGCCAUGAAGACGGAGGAAAAAACAAACGUACCCCGGGUGCGGAUAGCAGUACUCGGCAACAUGAACGUUGGAAAAUCAGCCCUCACCGUCCGAUAUCUGACGCGAAGGUUCAUCGGCGAGUACCGUUCGAACACCGAUCUGCUGUACAAGCAAACCGUAACCUUGGAGAGCGGCGUGCUGGACGUGGAGAUUGUGGACAUCUCGGCCGAGAAUGAGAAUGAUUUCCCCAUGGAGCAAAUCCAAUGGGCGGACGCCUGUCUUAUCGUGUACAGCAUCACGGACCGUGCCAGUUACGAGUACGCUCAGCGGUCAUUGGCCGAGCUGCGACAGUUGCAAAACUCGCCCUCGGCCUAUCUGAUUGGGAACAAGGCCGAUCUGGACCACUUACGAGAGGUUCAAGAAACGGAAGGAGCCACCUUGGCCGCAUCGCACGCGAUCGGCUUCUGCGAGGUGUCCGUUGCCGACAAUUCGCCCGCCCUGUACAAAGCAUUCGAGCGGCUGCUGAUCGAGUCCCGCGCCCGGCCGGUUAAGCCCAGGAAAUUUUCCGUCAGUAAAAUGUUCGGUACUCUCAUCGGAAACAAUGGCACCCGGCAGCCUUCGGCAGCGGUCAGCCAGGGCACAGUAGUGCCUUGUCACAAAGGGGAACUGCACAAAACUCGGGUGAUGAAACGACGACAAGCAUUUACCGCGACGGCAUCGCUAUGA